CCACUGAGCGCCGCGGCGAAGGCAUGCAUGGAUACCCGGUGAGGGGAGCGAGCACUCCGGUCAGGGGUGUGAAGCAAGUUUGAGGGGAAAUGGCGCUGUGCUCAGAUGUUUGUGCCUCUGCUUCAGGAGCUGAAUCCUCCAGCACAGAGGCAGGCUACAGCUGCCUGCGUUUUGGAGUUCGUUCAUACUUGCACCACUUCUACGAGGAGUGCUCAUCCUCUGUGAGGAAUGGAGACCCAGAGGAUCAAGGGUUUGGCCCAAAUCGGAGGUCAACACUGACAUCGAACGUUGCAGUCUGGAAGGUUUCCUUGGGCCUGGGUCUCCUCAUUCUGACCGCGGGUGUGGCAAGCAUGUCCGCUGGUUACUCCACCUCUCUCAAAAUUGAGUCCUUCGGAGAGAACGACAUGUUUUUCGUGGAUCCCCAGGCCAUCAGCUUCAAUAGAGGGCGCCACCUUACAACCACUGCUGGAAUUGGGCUUUCCUGCCUCGGCUCUGCGGUGGCAGCCAUGGGUUUGGUCAUCUGGAUCCUGCCAAGGACCAACGUCAAAGAUAGACACAAUUCCAGAGAUUGGGAGCACGGAGGACGGAUGGGUUUGAAGUGGCUGGGAUUCAAGCAAACUGGGGAGGUGGUCACAAAAGCACCUGGGGUGGUGGAUGGUGGACAGAUACCUGUGUCAAUGUCCAAGGUGGAGCGCGUUCAACCGUCUUUUUGAAGUAAGGUGCAUUUGUUGUUUGUGCUCAGGUCCAGGGGCCUCAACUUUCAUGUAAACAGUCCUGCUGAAGCUGUUUUCCACAUUGUUGAUUCAUGAACCCACUCGCAACAGAUUCUGAUAACCUUCCCUGUGGGUCAGUCUUUUGCAUAUAGGAGGACCCAGAUAAAUCAUUGUUCAGACUUAUUCCCAGGUGAAGUAAAGUAUACGUUAUGUUGUGCAAUAAUGGCAUUUGAACUGUCGUAUUUUAAGUGUGUUCUGUGGUACUUCUGAACCACUCUAAGAGUCAAUUUAAGGGAUAUUUCUGUUCAAUGUUGAUGCUCUUGAGUAAUAUUUUCAUAGUUGUGCUAAAAUGCCACAACUUUGCUUGUUUAUUGUAAUACUGAUGUAUUUAUUCAUCUGUGAUCAUGGUUAAUCCAUACAUCCCUACAACUGACCAUGAGAGUAGCAGUCUCUGAUGAUGGGUUCUCGAUGCUUCACGAAACAGUAAUUUUCAAAGCUUAGUAGGUGGACAUUCUCGGUUUUAAAAUGAUGGGAAUUUCAUUUACAUGGCUGUUGAAAUUGAAAGAUGUUUGCGCAGAGAGUGCCAUAUAGUGGCCUCUGAACAGGAUGAUACUGUUUCAUGAAGCCUCAUAACCCAUCACUAGCAGUCAGUAGCUCAUAUUCAGUUUGCUUACAUAACAAUAACUAAAACUACUGUUCACUGAACUGACCCACUUUUCGAGAUGCAAUGAUCCCAAGAUAUUGCUUAAAAUUGUAGGUAAAAUCAAUCAAAAUAUGAAUUCAAAUGGACUUGUAAGCUUUUGUUUAUGUAACUCUUUUUGACAUAGUCAUUUACCAAGUCCUGAUUUGUAUUGUUUUUGAAUUCAUUUAUUCAUUCAAACUGUCACAUUUCCGUCUCAAACACACACAAAACCUCUCUUCAUUCACAGCCUCUUUUUUUUCUUCCUUCAAAUCCUUUUCCUAAUUUUCCUCCAACCGCUUGUCUCCGAGCAACAGUUGCGCUCCAGGUCCUCUAUUCGCCACGAAGACAGCGUCCUGACUCAUUCAUUUCCAGCCAAUUAGAGAGCGUGUUUACAUGCACGGGCCGUGAGUAAGCCAUGAUCUCAGGGGUGAGGGGCGUGACUGCUGGCACCUCGGAGGACACCUGGUGGAUGUGAUGUGUUCACUGAAUUGUUGUGUCCUGGCUGUGCAGACUGUACAGUAUCACUUGACAAGCAAAUGAAAAACAAAAUAAAGAUGUGCAUCCUGA